UUAUCGACGGAUAAACUAUGUACAGUGCCGGUGAGUUAUAUAAAAGUAAUAUUUUUCAAAAUAAGCGAUCAUUACAGUGACAACGUGUGUAAGAGUGAGAUAUGUUCAAGUUACUAGUUCAGAGCAUCUUUCUUCUUCUGCUCCUUGGAAGUCAACGAUCUUCAGCCAUUCCUGCAGCGAACUCAGUGAAAACAUUACCAGAAGAAUUGGAUGAGCUUGGCAUAAAAAAUGGCAUUGGAGAUAAAGGCUCUAGACAACACUUGGACUGCCAGGCUGAAUCAGGCUUCAUUCAAGAACAAAUUCCACUGAUGACGAAAACGCUGGCUGAUGGCAAACUCGUUGCACUGAAGCAGAACGACCUGUCAGCAGCUGAUGAAACCAUACUGGUGCUGGGUAAGGCUGGCGCUGGCAAAACCAGUUUGAUCCAGUUUCUGACCGAAAAUCCCAAACUGCAGUCGAAAAAGGUGAGAUGGAAAACAUCCGAGUACAUAAUUGAAGAUGGAGAGAAAAUUGGAACAUCUGAGACUGAGUCUUUCACUCUCUAUCCUGAACUUGUCAGCUAUAAUGCAACCAUCAACUUCUGUGACUCACCGGGAUUCCACGACUCUCGCAGCUCUGUACAUGAGAUUGUCUCCAUGGAUGUCAUGAGGUCUGUAACCAGCAAGUUCAAAAAUGUGAAGAUUCUACUAAUUGAGGAAUAUGGAUCUCUACAGUAUAGCAAAUCCAAAGUAAAUUUCAUGGACACUCUUAGAGACCUUAGUGAUUUCUUAGUCGAUAUUGAUAGGUAUAAAGAUCACAUUGUGCUUAUUGCAUCUAAAUUACCUUUUAGAUUCAGAAUGCCAGAUGAAGGAGAUGAUGGUUCAGCACCUGAAUUGAUAACAGAGGAAAUGCAUAUUGAAAGAAUCAUGGAUUACUUGAAUCAUACAGAGAUAUCUAUAGUAAGAAAGCUUAAUCAGAAAAUUGGAAAAAGUGAGCGAGAUUUCUAUCAGAAAGUGAUAAAGCUACUACAAAGUCUUCAAACCAGAGACAAAAAUGGCAAAGCAGCUAGAAUAAGUGUCUUCCGUCGCCCACACAAGUCAGGGUCACUCAUGAGUAUGCCAUUGCUCAAUCAGAACAAGGAAUCACUCACAAAAACCAUCAUCAACUUGAAUGCUGUUCAGGUGCAGAAGAAUGACUUUCACUUCACUCUGUCCAAUGGAGCAAAAGUGCAUCUAAAAUGCCUCUUGAAACUCACAAUUGACAACUUCAUACAUGAAAUCAAUGAGCUGUUUCUCAAACUGAAUGAAUUUUGGUUCAAAAAAUUCAGAACUACACAAGUUUUCAUCAAGUGUUGACAGAUUUUGAAUCAUUUUAUAAUGCUUUAAAGCAGUUUUCAGAUAACCUUGAUGGGACAAGAAACUAUGAUGAGUUUUUUGAGAAGGUUAAUAAUUUCAUUUCUGAACAGAGAAUAACAACAGAUAUAAAAUAUAAUGAGCUUGUGCAUGUGCUUGAGAAAUAUAAGGAAUUAAUUAUGAGUAUCUUUGACACAGAUUCAACGAUGAAUUCAUCACCAUGGUCAAUCCCCAUGAGACAAUUGAAGGAAUCUGUGCAAGAUGAGCUGCAAUGGUACAGGACUCUUAAUAACUUCAUCAGUGGACUAUCAAGCUAUAAGAUACAAAGGAACAAGACAGAGAUUCACUCGAAACUUUUCCACGACGGUUCUAUAUUGACAGAUGAGUUGAUGGAUCUAUUUGUGGACGUCACUGGAGCAACAAAUUUGAACCAAUUCAUUGACGCACGAGGAAACAUCAGAAAAACGCUGGAGCUUGAAAGUGUGACAAAUACAUUACUGAAACCAAGUAAUAUCACUUGUGAUGAAGAUGGGAGACUCUUAGUUGAAGGAUUUCAAAUUUGUCUUGCAGAAAUAAAUUCAAAACAUUUGAUUGAAUCCCACUGUAACAACAUCACUGUGAAAGAAGUUGCUCUCCUAGCUGUUGAUGCAGUUUACUUGGAUGAGGACACGGUGGAUAUCUUCAGAGGAGUGGAUAUGUUUGUGGUGGCACCUAAAUGGGAAGUGAUUGGACAAAGGAGGAUAGUGCUGAGUGGUCAGAACGGAGGAGCUCACCAUUCUGGUGACGUCGAUAAUGGCACAGAUGGGAGAGCAGGUCUGCCAGGGUGUAAUUGCACAGAUGGGAGACCAGGUCUGCCAGGGGGUAAUAGCACAGAUGGGAGACCAGGUCUGCCAGGGGGUAAUGGCACAGAUGGGAGACCAGGUCUGCCAGGGGGUAAUGGAGGCAACUUUUUUGGAAUUGGUUUGCAGUUUGUGAAUGGCAAAAAUCUGCUGAUUGAGUCGAAUGGUGGGAGAGGGGGGCAGGGAACAGAUGGAGCAAAAGGAAUGAGAGGUCCGGCGGGAAGAGAUGCAGCUGAAAAAUUGAAAUCGGGACUCUACAGUCAAAGUUAUAAGUUUGAUAGAGGAGUAGAAACAUCAAAUAUCAAUAAAUGCCUGGCUCCAAAUGCUGUUGAAAGGAUUUUCAGAUUAUAUCCUCAAUCUACUAAGCAACCCAACAAGUGUGAGAAUGUUGAUGCAGGAGUCAGAGUGAUCAUAGAAGAAGGUGACUGUGGUGGUGAAGGGGGAGCUGGAGGUUUUGGCGGAGAAGCAGGAAUCGGAGGCUACCCGGGAGACCAAAAGCUGAUUCAGUUGGGAGACUCAUCUGAAAUUCAAAUGCAAAAUCAAAAUGGAAGGUCUGGUACUCGUGGCAAGAAGGGAAAAACUGGAGAGCGAGGGAUGGAUGGCAUUGGGAUGAUUUGUGUUCAAGUAACACGGGUCGGUCAUAGUAGAUCGUACAUGAAGUGUGAAUCAACAAACACUACAUCAUCAGCAUGCAACUCUUGUGAUAAUCCGGUUGAGUCCCAGUACACAACAACAGGUAUGGAGAAACCAGCGCCCAAGAAAUCUCCUGAUUUCUCCAACUAUUUACUUGACUACACAGUUCUGUUAGAAUCGCAUUCAAAUCACACAAUUUUCAACCAAAUUAUAACGAGUUUUAGAGAAGCCAUUCAAAGGAAAUACUCGUAUCCUUUGAACCACUUAGGAUCAUUGUUCUUUGAGGAGACAACACAGCAGGAAACCUUUGAACAAUCCGAUCGUUUUGAUUGAGUUGAAUACAUCGAUAAUUUCAAUGUGAUAAGUCGCUACGGAACUCAUUAAGAAAUUAUUCUACAUAUUAAACAAUGGGAGGCAUACAAUAUGUAUUGCAAUGUAUGGAAUAAAAUAGUAAUGAAAUAUCUGGUGAUUGGGAGUGCUGAGAAUGGGCUGAGGAAUGUUCGAUCUUGGUUGUCCAACCAUUUGCUGAUACUGAAUGAGAAAAAGAGUGUUUGCAUGCAAUUCUCCCCCAGUACCAGAUCAUUGAACUCCAACUUGUAUGUAAGAAUACAUAGAGGAAAUUGUCCCAAAAUGUUCCCACAACAAUGCAACUGUCCAGUUCUAGAAAGAGUACAGAAUGUGAGGUAUCUAGAGAUAACAUUGGAUUCUCAUUUAAGGUGGAAACACCGUAACAAUGAUAAAUGCCAGAAGCUGAAACAUAUAAUACAUAAAUUUUAUAGCAAAAAUAUAAUAAGAUUGAUAUAUUUUGCUUAUGCAUAGUCUGUACUCCAAUAUGGAAUCUUGAUUCGGGGUGGGGCUCUCAACUGCCAUUCCAAUAAAAUGUUUGUUGUCCAAAAACAUAUUCCUAGAGCUGCCUUGGGUAAGCCUUGGCUGCAUCCCAGUGCCGAGCUUUUCCAAGAAAUGUGCGUUCUCAGUCUAAAACAGCUUUAUGUUAAAAGCUUAAUUCUAUUUAUAAAUAGGAAUUCAGAAUCAUUUAUCACCCACCCAAACCCAUACAAUAUUCGAAGCGCAAGAGUAGAAUGUCCCCGAACUGACCUAUCCAUUUGCAGAAAGCAAUAUCAAUAUCAAAAGCAAAAGCAAUAUCAAUUGUGAAAGAAUUUUCAACAGUAUUCUACAAAAUUUCAUCACAUCCAAUUCGGUUGGGAAUGUUAAAAAACGCAUAGAAAAUUGGAUUCCUACCGUUUCAAAUUCUGUCAUGUCUCUUAUCAACUGAACUCUACACCUUGGCUUUUCCUAUUUCCAUUAGCUACAUUUUCAUGUUUUUAUAUUAAGUCUUCUUCCUCAGCUUAUCUCCAUAAUUGUCUCCAUUCUUACUACAGCAUUAUUAUAAUGGAUAUUCAAGUUUUUACAUUGUUAUACUGUGAAAACUUUUGAUUAUCUUUGAUCAAAGAAUCUUUGAUAUUUCAUAUCAAUUUAUAAAAAAAAUUCAGCACUCGGCCUCUGCGCUCAGGUUUUCUUAAUCUUGCAGGGAUCCUCCUUAUUUAUUAUAUAUCUUACUUAUACUACCCUACUGUAUAUAUAACUAUUAUGUGAUGUACUUCAUACUUUAAGUUCCUAACUUUGUAACCAUCAUUAAGGAUAAAUAAAUUUGAUUUGA